AUGAAUCUAUCAAAAAGUGAAAUUGACAAAUUGAAAGUUGAAGAUUUAAAAAAAGAGUUGACAACCUUGGGAUUAGAUAUCAAAGGUUUGAAGAAAGCAGAGUUACAAGCAAAGUUAAUAGAAUAUAUUGAUAGUCAUCAAGCACAACAACAACAACAACAACAACAGACAACCACAACAAUGACAGUACCUGCUGCAACUACUACAACUAACACACCAACUGCCGUGGCCUCUGGCGAAGAGAAUAAGACUGAUGCCUCUGCAACUGCUACCGUUGUUGGAACUGACAACGGUGCAAAUGGAACAUCAACUACUACCACCUCUACAACCGCACCAGUAGACAUUACAAAGAUGACUCAACAAGAAAGAAUGAUAUAUAGAGCUGAGAAGUUUAAGACUUCACCAACUGUCUCGUCGGUCAACAACACAAGUAGCAUCACCAGCAGUAGCAGUACAACCACUAGUGUAACCGCUGGAAACUCAUCACCAGUAUUGUCGGCAGCCGAAAAAGAGAAACAAAGAAGAGAAAGAUUCGGUACUGCCAAAGAUAACAAUAGCAACAAUAGCACAACCACCGAAGCUACUAGCACCAGCACACCUAAAGUUAAAACUACAAAGAUCGAUCAAAAAACAGAACUUUUAGGUACACAUCAAGAUAUUUUAGCGAGAAAGAAAAAGUUUGGUGCCGCUGACUCUAACCCUCUGAUACCAGAAUCUGAUGAAACACUUAAUCGUAGACUAAAGAGAUUUUCAAAUCCAUCGACUAAACCAACAACAACUACUGAACAACCACAACAAUAA